CCGCUGCGCGCUUCCCAUCCCCAUCACAAGACCGCCGACAGGAUGGAGGACAUAUUGGAUGAAUGGCUGUGGCAGCAGGAGUACUGGCUUCCUCCUGGUAUCAGCUGGCAGGACAUUGAGAUGGAGCAUGAGGGUCACUACCCCAUGCCCAGGGAUCUCCUCUACACCCUGCCGCUGGCCUUCGGCUUCAUCGUGUUCAGAUACGUCUUUGAGAGGCUUGUUGCCCUGCCGUUAAGUCGAUGUUUAGGCGUGAAGGACCGGAUUCGCAUUCGAGCCCCCUCUGUCCCAAAGCUGGAGGCUUUUUACAAACAGCACAAUCGGCAGCCCUCUCAGAGCGAAGUGGUGGCCUUGGUGAAGCAAUGUGGACUCUCCCAAAGAAAGAUCCAGACCUGGUUCAGACACAGGCGGAACCAGGACCGACCCAGCAACAGCAAGAAGUUCUGCGAGGCCUCUUGGCGUUUUCUCUUCUACCUUAUAGCAUUCACAGGAGGGCUCGGCUGUCUAUUUCAUACUCCGUGGCUGUGGGACCACCGAGAAUGUUGGAGGGGCUACCCGAAACAGCCUGUGGCUCAGGAGCAUUACUGGUAUUACAUAUUGGAACUGGGUUUCUAUUGGUCGCUGCUCCUCUGCGUCUCUGUGGACGUCAAGCGAAAAGAUUUCAAGGAGCAGAUAAUCCAUCACAUCGCUACCAUAUUCCUUAUUGGUUUCUCCUACUGUGCCAACUAUGUGAGGGUUGGCACGCUGGUGAUGCUGGUCCACGAUUCCUCUGACUUCCUUCUCGAGUCUGCUAAGAUGUUUAACUAUGCUGGCUGGAGGAAGACGUGCGACACGCUGUUUGUCAUCUUUUCCCUGGUCUUCCUGGUCACCAGACUGGUGGUUUUCCCUGGCAGAGUGAUCCACACAACCCUGGUGGUGUCUAUGGAUUUCUUCCAGCCCUUCUUUGGUUACUACUUCUUCAAUGCCCUGCUGUUAGUGCUGCAGGCUCUGCACAUCUUCUGGGCUUAUCUCAUCCUGCGCAUGGUCUACAAGUUUGUGUUCCUGGGCAAGGUGGAGCGAGAUGAACGCAGCGAUGAGGAGAGCGAGGUUGACGAUGAUGAGGAAGAGGAGGAGGAGCCUGAGGAGGAAGAGGAGGAGUGCAGCUGGGAGCAGAGAAAGGGAGCGAUCAACUCCAAACUGGCGUCGCUGGCAAACAACUGUGUCCUGAACAACCUGACCAACCAGAGGAGUAUGAGCAGCAGGCUGCCUAAAGCCAGAUAGUAAAACUGUCCCGUGGAAACAGCCUCACCAGGCACAAGGUGCGCAUCUCCUCCCCAUCACUGGAAAUUAAAUGGUUACUGACAUACGAUUCAUAUUUAUAGUGCAUCCAACAUGGUCCAUUUAUGAUUUCAGAACAGGACAGGGCCCUAUCCUGGAGUAAAUAAACACACACAGAUAUGUGUCAUUAGCGUCACCCAUGGGUCAAGGUGGGCAAAAAGAAGACAGUCACAUAAAUAUUUAUAAGCAGCGGAAAUGGAGAUAUGAUACCCAUGAUACUGCAUAUUGUAAAAAAUCUAUAUAUUUAUAUAUUUGGGCAAGCAAUCAAACAUUGGAUUUCCUUUGCUAUAUGUGUAAAUUACCUUGUUUGUCUUUUUUUCCCCUCAGAUUUUAUAUUCAUGCCUUAUGCGUUUGCUUCACUGUGUAGUAAUGAAUAAUUUGUAAAUACUUGAGGAUAUUAGUACUUAAACUCUGUCAUAAUGCAUUUGUAUUCCAUUUAUUACCCCAUUUUAGUUAGGUUAUUUUUAAAAUACAAACUCAAACUAAUGUUAAUUAUUAAAUUACAUCUUUUAAACUGAGCACACUAGAGCCUUGUAGAAAUAGCUCAUUCUUCUGGCAUCCUAUACAGAAUUCACAACAGGAUUGAUUGUACAUAGACUAGUAAAGUAAAGAAAUCUGAUUGUAGUUAAUAUGUUGAUAAACCAAUGUAUAGCCUAAUUUUCUAUGAGCACCAUACUGAAUAGGUAACAGUAUCAGUUAAUUUGUUUUACUCUUUGAAAGAUUAUGUAAAAUAGCUGCAGCAGAAACUCCUUGGAGAUGUAUUUGGAGGAAUACGUUAUAUUUUUCUGUGCAAGGUUUUGUCUCUGUUAUGUUCAAAACUCACUUAGAAUAGUUGUGGCGCCCCCUGGUGCACAAAAAGAAGAACAUAUCCCUGUAGAGUAGGCGCUUCCCUUGCCUGAUAUGAUGAUGCCUUUGUAAAAAAAAAAAUGUUUUAGAGAUAGGGACUUAUUUCAGUAUGCGUGUAUUUUUGUUGCUUUUUUCUACUUUGAAUGUGACAAGAGAGCUAGCAGCAUGAUUUCACCACAAGGAUUUUUGUUCAAGUUUGUGCUACUGGACUUUGUUUUGUGCCUUGGCUACUGUUUUUACACUUUUCUGUGACAAGCACUUGACAUUUAGCUCUGUGUGCUGGUAGGGAUACCUUUACUUGACAAAUACAUGGGCAGGGUCGUCCUUGCUCCAGUAUUGUGCUUGAGAAUUUGGAGAGCCAGGUAGUGCCUCGGUGAGCCUGAAAAGUACCCACACUGCGGGUGGUACUGAAAUGUGACAUGAUGUUUUAGAGUGUCGACUUGUCUAAAGAUGUAAAAUGCUGUAUGGCUUGGAGGAAAGGAAUGUCUCACUGCAAUGUAAAGGUUUAAUGAUUUUGAUAAACUUGGAUAGCGUAUUUUGAUAUGAAUAAACUGGAUUCUGCCACUUUCCUAGGAGCAGAGGAAAUUCUUUGCUUUUUGCUCAGAGAUUUGUGGACCGCGAUGCGUUUUGUCCAUCAAACACUGGAAUACUGUGCGACACGAGACCCAGAGACUGAACGGCUGUGUUGUUGAACAGAGAAAAAAUGACUAAGAGAGCUACUCACUAGGAAAAAGUUAAAUGAAUAAUUUUGAAAAGAUGCUCUUGCUCUUUCUAUUUGGUGCUGAGGCAGUAGAAUGUAAAAAAAGGAAUUCUCAAAAUGAUUACCAAGGCAGAACUUUAUGUGGUUAAAAAAAUUUUUUAAAGUUCUUUUUUAUCAGGCUUUUUCAUCUUUGAAUGAACCCACACACCUUUCUACAUAUUACAUGUUACAACAUAUAGAAAAUUGUGCAGGUCCACUUUGUUUCUACUCUAGAAGUUUAUUCGACCCUGGUCUAUGUGGACCAGCUCA